AUGAGCGACCUAACAUCCACCAACCGCGCCCACUUCAACAAUGUGGCCUCCACCCACCACACCGACUUCGGUCCCCUUAUCGAGACAAUCAUGGAAGAAAUCGCAGAUCGACACACCUGGAUCAGCAGAAAACUAGCMACUGACCCUCAUCACGAACGUUCAGGAGAAUCUGAGUCCAUCCGACUACUAGACUACGCCUGCGGCGCAGGCACAGCCACCAAGGCCCUCCUCCCACACAUAACACAAGCCAUCGGCCUCGAUCUAUCGGAGAAUAUGGUCGCGGAGUAUAACAACUGGGCUAGAGUGCAUGGCUGCCCGCCUGAGAAGAUGCGCGCGUAUCAUCUUGAUCUACUUGACCCCGCUGCAGCUGGAAUCGAUGGUGUCGAGCUCUCUGGCUUCGAUGUAGUGGUUGUUUGUAUGGCGUUGCACCAUGUUACCGAUGCGCAGCGGUUGCUGGCUCGGUUGGCGGGGUGUUUGAAGCCGGGUGGUGUGUGUGUUGUUAUUGAUGGGUUUCCCACACCGAUGGUAUCGCCGGGUGAAGAUGCAGAUACAGCGGACCUACGGGCUGUACUAGCCCCUGAGCAGCUGGGUGUGCUGGAGACGAUUAACAAGCAUGGGUUCACGGAGGAGGAAAUGCGGGCGUUGUAUGAAGGCGCUGGGCUGGGGAGGAACUUUGAGUAUGAGGUUAUUGGGCGGCCGUUGAGGUUUACCAUGUUUGGGCAUUCGUUUAGUAGGAGGGGGUUUAUUGCUAGGGGGGAGAGAUCGACGUCCUAA